UUUUGUGUUUUUCGGCUAGAAAGACAUUAAGUUUUUUGGUCCCUUGAAUAUAUAUAAUUGGCCUAUGUUUUACAUGGAAUUUUUCAUGUUUUUAGAACUCCUGUGUUGUUCUCCACCAUUGUAGUUGUGCAGAAUAGAGACAGACAAGGCAUCAACUUUUCUGCUACUGCUAGUGUUUUCAAAAGUGUGCUUCAGCUUGAGCAUCCACUGAAUUCUAUGGCAUGAUUUGGUCUUCUCUUCUGUUUAAAGGAAAAAUUUGCCUUAAAAGAUUUAUUUUAUACUAACCUAGUCAACCUUUAAUAUCUGAGCAUAGUGUUUUGUAAAGAGAUGCAUGCCUGAAGAGAAAGAACUGCCUAAUGGAUCAUGGCUUUGCUGUUUACAGGACAUACCUUAUUUCUAGCAUUAGUGUUGUUUGCUGUCUCCACUUUUGAAGAAUCUGUAAGCAAUUUAUCUGACUGGGUGAAUUUCACAGAAAAUAUGGAUCAAUAUGAGAAGCAAAAUCUGCAUAGUUUCAGCGCCAGCCAGAAGCUGAGAAAACCUGUUCUUCAUCCAAGCCUGUAUUUUGAUGCUGAAGAUGUACCAGCACUGAGGCAGAAGUCCCGCACAAGUCAUUUGCAUCUGUUUAGAGUGAUUAGAAGUGCAGUGACAGUUAUGCUAUCCAAUCCAUCAUAUUACCUACCUCCACCCAAACAUGCCGAUUUUGCUGCAAAAUGGAAUGAGAUUUAUGGCAACAAUCUGCCUCCCUUAGCAUUUUACUGUUUGCUGUGCCCAGAAGAUAAGGCUGCGUUUGAUUUCACUCUAGAGUAUAUGGACAGAAUGGCUGGCUACAAAGACUGGCUGGUUGAGAAUGCUCCAGGAGAUGAAGUGCCACUUGGCCAUUCCUUAACAGGUUUUGCCACUGCUUUUGACUUUCUAUAUAACUCCCUGGGUAGUGUUAGAAGACAAAAAUACCUAGAAAAGAUAUGGUCUGUGAGUGAGGAAAUGUAUGAAUAUUCAAAGGUCCAUUCUUGGGGGAAACAACUUCUCCAUAACCACCAAGCUACUAAUAUGCUAGCAUUACUCACAGGGACCCUGGUUACUGGGGUGGGCAAAGAAUCUCAAGCAAAUAUUUGGAAACAUACUGUGGUUGAUGUGAUGGAGAAAACUAUGUUUCUACUCAAUCAUAUUGUAGAUGGCUCUUUGGAUGAAGGAGUAGCUUAUGGUAGUUAUACAGCUAAGUCAAUAACCCAAUAUGUUUUCCUGGCUCAGCGCCAUUUUGGUAUGAAUAACUUAGAGAACAACUGGCUGAAAAUGCACUAUUGGUUUUAUUAUGCCACCCUGCUGCCAGGCUUUCAGAGGACUGUGGGUAUAGCAGAUUCUAAUUAUAACUGGUUUUAUGGCCCUGAAAGCCAACUGGUUUUCUUGGAUAAGUUUGUAAUGAAGAAUGGAGCUGGCAACUGGCUAGCACAGCAGAUUAGGAAGCAUAGACCCAAGGAUGGCCCAAUGGUGCCAUCUACUGCACAAAGAUGGAGCACUCUUCACACUGAAUAUAUAUGGUAUGCUGCAGAACUAACACCUCAGCCACCUCCUGGCUAUGGCACUGCUAAGAUGCAUGUGUUUCCUAACUGGGGAGUUGUUACUUAUGGGGCUGGGCUACCAAACACUCAGACCAACACCUUUGUGUCUUUUAAAUCUGGAAAGCUUGGUGGCCGUGCAGUCUAUGACAUUGUUCAUUUUCAACCGUAUUCCUGGAUUGAUGGGUGGAGAAGUUUCAAUCCAGGGCAUGAACAUCCAGAUCAGAACUCCUUUACUUUUGCUCCUAAUGGACAGGUAUUUGUAUCAGAGGCUCUCUAUGGACCUAAGUUCAGUCAUUUGAAUAAUGUGCUGGUGUUUGCCCCAUCACCAACAAGCCAGUGCAAUCAGCCUUGGGAGGGACAACUUGGUGAGUGUGGACAAUGGCUUAAAUGGACUGGUGAUGAGGUUGGAGAUGCAAGUGGGGAAAUUAUCACAGCAUCCCAGUAUGGAGACAAGAUGUUUGUGAGUGGUGAGGCAGUAUCUUCCUACACUUCUGAAAUGAAACUGAAAAGUGUAUAUCGUGCUCUUCUACUUUUAAAUACUCAGACAUUGCUAGUAGUAGACCAUAUUGAAACGGAGGAAGACUCUCCCAUCAGCUCUGUCAGUGCCUUCUUUCAUAAUCUUGAUAUUGAUUUUAAAUAUAUACCUUACAAGUUUAAGAACAAAUAUAAUGGAGCUAUGAUGGAUGUGUGGGAUGCUCAUUAUAAAAUGUUUUGGUUUGACCAUCAUGGGAGUAGCCCUGUCGCAAGGAUACAAGAGGCAGAGCAAGCAGCCGAGUUCAAGAAGCGAUGGACUCAGUUUGUAAAUGUCACCUUUUCUAUAAAAAACACUGUAAAAAGGAUUGCUUACCUGUUCUAUGGACCUUAUGUCAAUGUUUCUAAUUGCAGGUUUAUUGAUGAUUCUAAAUCUGGAUUUCAGAUUUCUCUGAAUGUAAACAACACUGAGAAUAUUGUUUCUGUUGUGACUGACUAUCAGAAUCUGAGGAUGAGGUUCAAUUAUUUGGGAUUUGGUGGCUUUGCCAAGGUGGCUGAUGAAAGCAAAGUUAUCAAAUUUGGUCUAGGCACUGAAGCUGUCGAGAAGCAUAUAACAAGUGACAGGACAGUUUUCCCAUUUGGAUUCAAAGUGAAUAUGAUAGCAGGGUUAAUUUUGGGUAUUAGUUUGGUAAUACUGGCUUUCCAGUGGCGGUUUUAUAUUUCCUUCAGCAAAAUGUUGCGUUGGAUCCUUUUACUGGUUAUCAUCCUGUGGCUUAUUGAACUGGUGGAUGUGUGGAGCACCUGCACUCAGCCUAUCUGUGCAAAUUGGAAUAGUGACACGACAAGUGUGGAACCUGAUACCAGCAAUAGAGCCAAACAGUCAGAAAGAAACCCUGUUGUUUUGCCAGAUGUUGUAAUUACUUCACUUCCAGGUUCUGGAGCAGAAAUUUUAAAGCAACUUUUUUUCAACAGUAGUGAUUUCAUAUACAUCAGAAUUCCCACAGGAUACCUUGAUGUCCCAGAAACUGAAUUUGAAAUUGACUCAUUUGUUGAUGCAUGUGAAUGGAAGGCAUCUGAUGUCCAACGUGGCCAUUUCCAUCUCCUGCAAGGUUGGCUCCAGUCUCUAAUUCAAGACACCAGACUACACUUACAAAAUAUUCAUUUAUAUGAAGCCAGCAGAACUAAAUUAGCUCAACAUUCUACCAUAAGCAAAGACAGAAAGAGGAGAUCUAGAAAGAGAGAAUCUUUGUCAGAACAAAAAAGCAAAAUGAGAGGAAACAUGGACAAAGAUGCUGAAUACAUCAGGGAACUGAGGCGACACCUUGUUUAUUAUCCAAAUGCACGUCCUGUACUUAGUUUCAACAGUGGGAGCUGGACAUUGAAGCUUCCUUUCUUUCAAGAAAUAAUAGGGCCUUCAAUGAGGGCCUUGUAUGUAGUAAGGGACCCUCGGGCAUGGAUCUACUCAAUGUUGUACAACAGUAAGCCAAGCCUCUACUCCUUGAAAAAUAUUCCCCAGCACUUAGCCAAACUGUUUAAAGUAGAAAAUGGUAAAGUAAGGUGCAGUUUAAAUUCAGGCUACACCUUUGAAUAUGAAUCAUUGAGGGAAGAACUCUCAGCCUCUAAUUCAAAUCCAGUUUCUGUGCUGUCUCAUUUGUGGAUAGCAAACACAGCAGCAGCACUGAGAGUAAAUGGAGAUUUGCUGCCAACAAAUUAUCAGCUGGUCAAGUUUGAAGAUAUUGUGAAUUCUCCCCAGCAGACAGCUGAAACAAUUUUUGCUUUUCUCGGUAUUCCUCUCUCUCCUGCUAGCUUAAACCAAAUAUUGUUUGCCACCUCCACCAAUCUCUUCUACCUUCCUUAUGAAGGAGAAAUAUCACCGAUUAGUAUCCAUGCUUGGAAACAAAACAUGCCUACUGAAGAAAUUAGACUGAUUGAGGACAUCUGUUGUUCCCUAAUGGACCACUUAGGAUACCCAAAGUUUACAGAUUAAAUGCUGCAGGCCAGCAGUAAUUUGCACUAAUGAUCCCCAACUCACCAGUUUAUUAAUAAGAUUAGAGAAGUUUGUUUAUUCUUGUAAAAUGUGUGUACAGUCUGUUACAUGCAGAGAGAGAUUAUUUUAAAAAAAAUAGAUACUUGUUCUCGCAGGAUUUUUUUUUACACUUGUAACUACUUUUGCUGCCUUUCAAAUAAAGCUGUGUGAAGCUUAAUAAAAUUACUAGCUGGGAAUGGUAUAGCUCAAGGGGGUGGUAAUAGGAUAUGGAACCUUUCACUUCCAGGCUACCAAUAGCAACCUUGGGUCAGGUUUGAUGAUAUAUUCUGGCUGAAUUUCACUCCUUCAGUGGUGCAAACUAACCAUAAACUUGGUUAGACUAAGUUUAUGGCUGUCCUGCAUCACUUUCAUUGCAGAAAGGAAUCAGCAUUCCAAUGAAACUAGUUCCUAAUCUCUUUAUUCGCAGGAUUAUAUGGCAAUGAGUUCUUUGCUAUAGCUAUUCUUUGGAGAAAGAGAAGACUUCAAUCUGCAGGCCUAUCCAUUUGGCACUUUUUGUGAACAGAAAAUAAACACUGGGAAAAAAUAAAGACACCCCCCCCCCCAAAAAAAAGAAAAGAA